GAUGGAUGGAUGGAUAUACUAAUAAUACUGUAUUGUAUAAUGUCAUGUCAGUCAAAUGUUUCUGAAGUUAAUACAUCUUUACAUUAAUACCGUCCCAUCACCGUCACACAUUCCAAUUUCAAGCCAGGUGUUCUCAUUAAUUUCGUACAUUCCAGUUGCAGUGUUUGGUUUAUUUGUGAGGAUACUUUAUUGUCAUUAGACACUUGGUGAUCCUCAUGGUAUUUGAGGGACUUGAGGCCUCACUCUCAAGUGAUGAGGCAUCACUCUCAACUGAUGCCUCUUCCCUUUAUGACUCAGGCCGGGAUUACUGCAGAAAAGCCGUCUGGAAGCCGUCACCUUAUCGUGGUGGAGGGGUUUGUGUGUCCCAAUCAUCCUAUGAGCUAAGUUGUCUGGGGCUUCACGCCCCUGGUAGGGUCACCCAUGGCAAACAGGUCUGAGGUGAGGGACCAGACAAAGCACGGCAAAAAUACUCCUAUGAUGACAAAUAUUAAUGGUGUCAUCGGGGCCCAGGAUCUCAGAGUAGAGCCGCUGCUCCUCCACAUUGAGAGGAGCCAGAUGAGGUGGCUGGGGCAUCUGAUUCGGAUGCCUCACGGACACCUCCCUGGAGAGGUGUUCCGGGAACGUCCCACAGGGAUGAGACCCCGGGGAUGACCCAGGACACGCUGGAGAUACUACGUCUCUCGACUAACCUAUAACAGAAUAAUUUUCUGUAAAUAACAUAACUUACUAUGCUAUGGGAUCAUUGUUAUGGUAAUGGCCUGGUAAAAUAAACACACAAAUGGCCAUAACGUAAUAACUGAGCCCAUUACAUAAUAUUAAAUUACACAAUGGUCAAAUUUAUUACAUUAUGGGCCGUUAUUAUGUUAUGGGCCGUUAUUACGUUAUGGCCAUCUACAAGAGAAGUCCAUAACGCAAUAACGGCCCAUAAAGUGAUAAAUUUCCCCCUUUUAAAAAUGCCUAUAACAAGUGCAUCAAGUGUCUUAAAAUCACAUUUAAUCAAAAAUAAGUAAUAUCCUAACUCAUCUGUAUCACCCAUUAUAUAGUUAAACUAAUGGCCUGCCUGAUCAUUCAGCAUGGAUGAUGUCUGAAUACGUUUCUAUUUACUUAAACCACUGAACUUAAUUAUUCGGAGAAAUGCCUUAAAGGCAACACAUAAUAAGUGCAUCCAUUGAACAUUUGGCCUAAUACUGUCACGAUACAAAGGUAUACGUUUUAAGUGGACCCAGAAGAAAGUGGAGGCUGAGAAGUUUGUGGUGAAUAGUAUAUUGAAAAGGAAGUGGGAAUUGCAGGUGGAUGGCUUGGCGGCGUGUUGGAAGAGGUCAGCAAGGCGGGCAACACGCAAGGAGCACUGACGACGAGGAAGAACAUUGUCAUCAGAAUAAUGUGAAUAAGGCGUAGCUUUACGUGAAUGUACUAGCCCGGUGUACCACGGUUGAACGUUAAUACUCUGGUGAGGGUUUCCAGGAUCUGGCAGGCUUUUAUACAGGCAGAGAUGAUGAUGGCUGAUUGAAAACAGGUGCGCGGCCAAGGCGGUGCUGAUUACAGCGAAGGGAGAGAGAGAGAGAGAGAGAGAACGAGAGGGGCGCAAAGCGCCACCCAAGCUCCAAAACAGGAACUACAAGGAUAGCUCAUGACAGAUACUUGAAUUUCAAGUUUUGCGGGCCACUUAAAAUUACAUGUGAAACAAUAGGGCUAAAAACGUAUGAUAACUGAUUAACUGUAACAGCAUCGAAUUGAGAAAGGCAGUUAUGUUCAGGUGGAGAGCACAGUUGCUGUAACACAACACCACAACAACAGUUGCUGUUUCUUUUCACUACACAUCUUUUGUUGUUCAAGAUGGUGAGCUGACAUCAUAUUGAACAGCUGUUGCAUCACUGAUGCAUGAGGUGGUCAAUUUCAGGUGCCAUGUUUAGUUUAUAUAUAGCACACUCCACAUGACAUAAAUCUGGUUACUUCAGUUAGAUCUAUGUUGUUAGGUCAAGCACAAUGAAGAAUCCAUAUCCCUUGUAUGCCAGAACAGUUUUACUGUGACAUAGUGUUGUUAUGUUCGCAAAUGUUUCGUUCAGAAGAACAAAUCUUUUUAUUGAAUGAACUGAACUUAUGUAAACUGAGUGAUGCGUUCAGUGAACUGGUGUACUGAGGAACUGAAGAGUGAUUUGUUCGGUGAACUGGUGUACUGAAGAACUGAAGAGUGAUUCGUUCAGGGGAGGGACUGAAGUGAACAGAGUGAUUCGUUCGGUGAACUGGUGUAUUGAGGAACUGAAGAGUGAUUCGUUCGUUGAACUUAUCGUUCGCGAUCCGUGAGACACGAGUGAUUCGUUCGUUGAACUUCUUCGUUUGUGAUCCGCUAAGGAGCGAUGUACUCGUACGAUGAGUGAUUCGUUUGGGCAAGGAACGACAUACUACGCAGUGAACAUACACGAGUGAUUUUAACCGCAAGUCCUGACGUCCUCGCGGGGAUAGCUUUCACUAGCAGCUUCAACCUACCGGCUAAUGUUUGAGUCAGUCAAGCGCACAUAUUUAAAAUAAAUGUAAAUUAAUAAUAAAUGUAUAUGCGUACACUAGGCUCCAGCGCUCCCGCGACCCUUGUGAAGAUAAGCGGCUCAGAUAAUGGAUGGAUGGAUGGAUAUACGUACACAUACAUAUCAUUCCCUCUGUCUCUAAUGUGAUUAUUAAAGCUUUUUAUUUCAUAAUAAUAAUAAUACUACAUUAAACUUACAUAACGCUUCUCAAGACACUCAAAGACGCUUUCCACUAAUCAGAUGACAAUAACAGUAAGGUGAGUGAGCAGAAAGCCCGGCUGGCGAGUGCUGGUGUCCGUGAUGCUUUUUAUGACCCAGCCCCUAAAAUAAUUGGAAUUGAGAAUUGUUUGGAAUGUCGAAUGUCACCUCUCUGGCCUGAGCUGGUGUGCGAGGUUGACAAAUUCUGACUAGAUAUAGUCAUGCUCGCCUCAACACACAGCUUGGCCUCUGGUACCAGUUCUCUAGGGAGGGGUUGGACUCAUUAUUCACCUCCACCUUUUGCUGUCACAGCCUGCUACUGUGUCGAAUGCAUUUGCUACGCACGGCUACCCAGAAGUAUUUUCUUAAUUUGUAUCUCCCUUAAUAACCCUUAGAUGCACAAGUGGGGACAAAAAUGUUAUUCUUCAAAAUCUUUAAAAUGAAAAGUUGUAAUAUAUUCAUAUUCCAGGUAUUCCUCAUAAAACAUGUUUGGGAUAUUUGCAUUGUUAUUCAUUUUUUCAUUAAAUUUAAGAAAUUGCCGUUUUUGUAUCACUACCCCACUCUUCUAUGGAAGCCUUUAACUCUUAGCAACUCUGACUGUUCCACUUACACAUCUGAUGUCAUCUCUCACAUCUGAUGCAACUUUGACUGUCAAUACUGUCCCACUCACACAUCGGUUGUGAGCAGUCUCAGCACCCAGGAGGUCAUUUUUAUACAGCAACAUACAUGUAAGUAUUAUCUACAUUUAUGAACUUAUGUUUCAUUGACCGAUUAUAAUGUGUGAUCAAAUGUGUGAUCAGAUUAGCCUAAAUUGUUGUUAGCUAGCAGUAUUGUAACACAGUAUUGUGUUAGCUAACAGUAGCUCCAGUCAUGAAGGCUUCGAGAUCCAGAGAGGUCCACAGCAUUGAAUUUGGGUUCAGUGGCAGCAUGACCACGAUCAGCUAUGUGAGAAAAAAUUGAAAGGCUGUUCCCCUGCUUAGCACACUGCAACAUGCCAAGAUGGUGGAUGAAAACAGCUCAAAGAAAAAAACAGAAGCAAUCCUCCUCUUCAACCAGACCAAAGGAGGAGCAGAUACUGUGGACCAGAUGGACUACACCUGCAAACACCAGACGCAGAAGUGGCCCAUGGUGCUUUGGUGUACACAGGGGGAAAUUGUCACACACACAGCUUGGCUAAAUCGGUCAAGUAUACUAUAUGCCGGGGAUGAAAAAUGGUCUGUGGAUCCAAGGGUGAGUCUGGUGACACUUAAUCAAGAGGAGUUUACCAUCAAGAUUGAAAAUGUGGCGAUGACAGAUGAGGGGCAGUAUGUCUGUGCUGUCCAAACCAGCAGGCGACCUACAACCAAUGUAGUCCACGUUCAUGUUCAAGUACCACCAAAAAUCAUCAAUCUGUCAAGAGACAUUGUGGUUAAUGAAGGUGCCAAUGUCACCGUGCUGUGCCAAGCCAAUGGUAAACCACAGCCUUCUGUUAGCUGGAAACUCAUCUCAUCUUCAGGGGACCUUGCAACAGAUGAUGAGUACCUGGAAAUCCCUUCUAUCACCAGACACAGAGCAGGAACGUACGAAUGCACAGCUGUCAACGACAUCGACACAGAUACCGAAACUAUAGACAUCACCGUCAACUAUGCUCCAACUGUGUCUGACGGAAGAGAUAUUGGUGUUACACUGGGACAAAGAGGAGUGCUGGAGUGUGAGGCUGAUGCAGUGCCUGAGGCAGACUUUGAGUGGUAUAAAGAUGACCGAAGAUUUAUCAAUGGCUUUGACGGCAUGGAGAUUGUGAAUACUGGAUCACUGUCGAAGCUGACAUUUUUCAAUGUGUCUGACGGUCACUAUGGUAACUACACCUGUGUUGCCAUCAACAAACUUGGGAGCUCUAAUACAAGCUUUGUUAUGUAUGGACCGAGAGCAGUACAGGAUGGCAGUGGAUCCACACUGGGCGUGCAAUUAGACAUCUGCCUCCUCUUCAUAGUGUUUCUGCCCUUUCUGCUAAAAUUUUGAAAAAGGAAUGGAUUUUACCAAGAUUUGUGUGUAUGUAUGUUUGAUUAUUAUUAUUAUUAUUAUUAUUAUUUAUUCUUAAAUCUGCAAACAUAUGGGUCAUUUUCAUAUGAAUUGAUCAAUAACAGUAAAGACAUGGCCCACUGAAUUUCUUUUUGAAAAUUAAUUGUACUGAUAUGAGUAUUUGAAUAAUGGGCAGCCUUCAAAAGGUCUUGUUUCUCAGAAAACUAAUUAUGGUAAAUCAAUAUUUUUCCAACUUUUAAUGCCAAAAUGCCUUUACUGUUAGGUGUCCGAAAUGAAGUUUCAUGAUUUUCAACAUGUUUUCUGAAUGAAGAUAUUCAUUACAUUUUUGGAAAUAUAGGAUUUUUCUCCCAUUGCUGAAUAUGCCUUUUCCAUGAUAACUAACACAAGUGUAUCUUAGUGACUUCAGAGUUUCUGAUUUGGUUCUUUUAUAAACGGUCCUUCUUUGUCACUCAA